AUGUUGAAUACAAUCUUAGGUUUAUUUCCGUUCAUACUUUGUUUCCUUGGUAUAUUCAUAUGGUCUUAUAAGUUUCUUUUCAAGCAUAACUUGAUUGAGAACUAUUCUACUCGUUUGGAUAUACCUCGAUCUGAUAUAAACGGAUUUUUGUCACUGGAGAUAAAUAAAAAAUAUAAUGUUGCAAUCAUUGAAUUAGAUGUUGUUGAAGAAGAUCUGCAAUCUGAGGCUUCUUUAGAGUUGAAAAAAUCAGAUCAUGAUGAUUCAAUAUACAAUCCCCCUGGUGGUGAGAAGAAUUGGUUAAAUUUUAAAAACUCAAAUGUUUUCAUUGGUAUUCUUUUCAGUUUUGUCCUUUCCUUGAGUAUUGAGUUGAUUGUUUUGAUGAUGUGUGAGUUGACUAGUACGUUUGACCAUGAUUCUCGCUUAUUGGCGUUCCAUACUAUCAUUGAUACUUUGAUUUUCAUGAUUACCAUUAUUCAACCUUUUGUGAUGAUUAGUCUUUAUAUGUCCCAAAAUAUUAUACCGAUUAAUUGUACUGUGUUCCAGAAACUAGGCACGGUCUCCUGUUAUAUGAUCUGGUUUUUAUUCCUUCAUAAAUUUGGCCAUUUAUCACAAAAUUUUUCUCCAUCUUUGAAAAGCCUUCAUACUCGUUCUUUAUUAGAGCGUAAAAUUAAUGAAAUUGUCAUUACUGGUAUCACCACCAUGGCAAUUCUUUCCGGUAUUGGAUCUACUACAACUCCUUAUAAGAUAUUCAUUGAAAGUGGGAUUUUUAAUCGAAUCUUGCCAGAUAGAUUAAAAUUGAUGGCUGGGGUCAAUAAACAGGUGUCCGAAUUAGAUAUUAAUAACUUGGUUCAAUCGUAUAAUCACACUAAUCUUCUUCUCACCAGAAGAACUUCAGAUUUGAAUAAACUAUUGGUCGAAAAUAGUGGGACCAUUUAUAACCGGCCUGAUGACACGGUUAAGUCCUCAGACAAUAUUUUAUCUCAUCACACAAGGCAGAAUCAAACCUCUCAUCUAGAUUACCAAGAAAAACAGCAACUGUUGGCCCCACCGGUAAGACCUAAUAGAUUUGGAGGUAUGCUUCAUAGAGUCCAAUCUUUUGCUAGUAUUAAUUUAAAUAAAGAAGACUCUGAAGAAAAUGAACUUACAAAUGAAGUUAAUUCCUUAAAAUCUUUAAGAAAUCAAUUAUAUGAUGAUUUACUUAAAGCAAUUUACAAAUUUAGUAAACAAAAAGAAGAGUCACUCAGUAAAAAUAAGUUAUUUAAUAAGAUAUUAAACCUUUCAAUGAUGUUUUUCUCGAUUUAUUGUGCCUAUCGUAUCAUCAAUGUUAUUUUCAUAAGGUUACCAUACUAUUUCUUGUUUCAAUCCGAAGAAUCACACCUACUCCAUGAUAAAACUGAUGUUAUUAAAAUGCAAGAUCAAGUCGGAGAAGAAAAAAUUAGUACUCCUACAAGAGACGCCUUGGCUGUAACCAUAACAAAAAUCAUUCAGUCAAUCUUCACAAACAUUCCGCUUUCAGAGGAUCAAUUGGUUAAUCAGAUUGGUUUUAUUUUAUCUGGUGGGCUAUUCCUUUGCUCAUUCUCUAAUGUUCUAGUCACUUUUAAGUCAUUUGGUAAGGUUUUCCCAUCAUUAACAAGAAUUUCAAAUACAACAAAAAAUUGGUUAAAAAAUUUAAUUGUUUCUGAAUUAUUGGCUAUUUACGUCAUAUCGACUGCCCUUCUUAUCCGAACAAAUUUACCCACGAACUUAUCUAAUCAAAUCUCAAGAAUUCUAUCUUUAUCCGGCAGUUCAGCCAAUUCAAUUACUCGUGAUUCUAUAAAAGAGGUUGAAUUUAUUGACUUAUGGUUUGAUCAAAUUUUCGGAUUGACUUGCAUAGUAAGUAUCAUCAUCAUCUUUUUGAGAAAAUUCAUCAAUGACGAUUUUAACUCCAAGGAUAGCUACGACGAAUAUGAUGAGGAAAUGAUGGUAGAAGAAGAUGGUCUGAUCUUUAAAACGGCCUGA